GCGGGAAACAAAAGGAGACGUAGGACGCAUGCGUUUGGUGGGUCCCGGAUUCUGGUGGGUUCUUCCGCUCGGAACAGGUGAAGCGCUUCCGGGUCGCCGCCGGCUGCCGCCUCCCGGCGCGAUGAGGAAACUGAGGCCCAGAGAGGUUAAGUGACUUGGCCAAAGUCAAGCAGCUAGUAAAUGGUGGAGCAAGGACUCAAAUCCAGUCUAGGAGCCAUGUCCACUUUGUUCCCCUCACUCUUCCCCCGUGUGACUGAGACACUGUGGUUUAAUCUGGAUCGACCCUGUGUGGAAGAAACUGAGCUGCAGCAGCAGGAACAGCAACAUCAGGCCUGGCUCCAAAGCAUUGCAGAGAAAGACAACAACCUGGUACCUAUUGGCAAGCCAGCCUCAGAGCACUAUGAUGAUGAGGAAGAGGAGGAUGAUGAAGAUGAUGAAGACAGUGAAGAGGAUUCAGAGGAUGAUGAGGACAUGCAGGAUAUGGAUGAGAUGAAUGACUAUAAUGAGUCACCUGAUGAUGGAGAGGUCAAUGAGGUGGACAUGGAAGGCAAUGAACAAGAUCAAGACCAGUGGAUGAUCUAGGUAGACCAAGGCAAGAUGGCCUCAGGGAGAUUGCAAGCCAGCCUAACCUACUGUGCACCUCCAGCUCCAACCCACGAAACCAUCUGAUGGCCCUGGUGCUUGAAGGCUCACUUUUGGUCACUUCCUCAGCUGCUACCAGGACUUGGUCUCGGUCUCCUUGGCCCCUCCCAGGCCAUCAUUCUGCUCUUGAAUCCCCAGAGUCUGAGCCCCAUUCUGCCCUACCAUCCUGGCCAGUACCUCACCCCUUUGUUGCCAGGUCUUGCCCCUUAUUAGCCCUCUUUAAUAAAGACACAGGACUGAUUUUUUUC